GGAAACCUCAGCUACGAGCGCUACAAGGGGAAGACGAGGGCCGCGUUAGGACCCGAGGAGGAGAUGUCUGACCUCGAGAUAUACAACAAGAUGCGGCUUAAGAAGCCCGAUCUCUCGCAGCCUCAGCCCUCGCUCCCUGAGUACUUCGGCACCUACGCCGAGGACGUCGAGAACUACUGCGAGAUGGUGAGGCAUCGUCACCCGGAGGUGGAUGACCCCAUGAGCGCGGAGGUCGACGAGGAGUCGUUGGUCCUGUCGUCCGGAGGGUUGCCGCAUGGCCGUCUCGCCAUGCUGAACAAGGCCGUCAAGCAUACCCUCACCACGACCUUCACGCGUCUCAAGGCGGGACUCACCAAGGACAGCCCCCCUCUCCCGCCUCGUCGCCGGGCUCGGCAACAACCCGCAUACGACCCUGACUUCGAGGCGGCCUACGUGGCCGCUCAUCAAGAAUAUCAGGUGGCCUUCAACCAGCACCAGCAGCAGUUCAUGGAGUACAUGGCAUAUAUACAUGUAAGUUCCAACCUUUGUUUUCGCAAAUGAUGACAAGUCCCACUUUCCCCUAGUUUGAUGCUUCAUUUCUGCAAAGACUG